CCUACUCUUCCACUCACUAUCACUUCCACAAGCAACUGCUUUCCUUCUUCCCUUUGUGCCUUGGUGGCUAAGCUACCUUGUUACUUGCUCAAGUGUUCGAGGAGAAACCAGCUGCGUGGUAGCAUCAUCAGCUUGGGGUCGACCGACAGAUCGAUCGAUGGCAGUGGAGGCGGUUCUUGACGCGGCGGCGACGCCGUCGCCGGAGGUGGUGUUCGCAGCUGCGGCGGCGCCGGCGACGAGCAGCGGCGGCGACGAGGAGGAGGUAGAGGGCCAGGAGGCGAAGGCGGUGACGGAUCAGCAGCAGCGCGCCGAAGGGUGGGCGAAGCGGAAGCGCUCCAGGCGCCGCCGCGAGCAGCUGCCCAGGGAGCCCACGGAGGAGGAGUACCUGGCGCUCUGCCUCGUCAUGCUGGCGCGCGGCCGCCGCGACGUCGCUGCCCCCGCGCCGCCGCAUCAGCAGGAGCCGCACGCGUGCUCCGUCUGCGGCAAGGCGUUCGCGUCCUACCAGGCGCUCGGCGGCCACAAGGCCAGCCACCGCACCAAGCCGCCGGCUCCGGUCGCUACUGCUUCGACGGCGGCCGGCGCGGAGCAGCAGCAGCAGCAGCACGCGGCGCCGGCACCGUCGUCGUCGCCCGCGGGAUCCGCCGGCGAAGGCGGCAAGCCCGCGGCCGCGGCGCACGAGUGCAACGUGUGCGGGAAGGCGUUCCCGACGGGGCAGGCGCUGGGCGGCCACAAGCGCUGCCACUACGACGGCACCAUCGGCAGCGCCGCCGCGCCAGCGCGCAGCAGCCGCGUCACGUCGUCAACGGCGGUCGGCGGCUUCGACCUGAACCUGCCGGCGCUGCCGGAUGUCCCGGAGCGGUGCGGGGCGGUGCCGGAGGAGGAGGAGGUGCUCAGCCCGCUCGCCUUCAAGAAGCCCCGGUUCAUGAUCCCCGCGUAAUUAGUCGAUCGAUCGACUCGAUCAUUUGGUGAUUAGUUAGCUAGCUCAGUUAAACUUUGUACCUAGCUUGGUUGUUGGUGGUCAUUGGUGAAUUGGUUUCAUUUGUGUACAUAUUCAUUACACAUAUAGUCUUAGCUUCAUUGUUCACUUAGGUAACAGGGGCUGCUUAGAUAGCCAAGGAUCAAUUCUUUCAUUGGUUGAAUUGGUGCAUACUGUACAGUGCAUAGUAUAUAUGUAUAUAUAUAUAAAUGUAAUAAAAUAAAAGUAUGUGUGCAAUGAAA